GAUCUCGAUGCUGCAUUCGGGCUCAAGGUGCCGUUGUGACGUCACACCCAAACAAGAGACAUUUCGCUGGUGAUUACUGUCUGAUGCUUCAAACUAACUGGACUUAAAUCUUUUUACCUUACUCUGAUCAUAAUGUCUCAGGAUCCGUGGUUACAGAAUUAUGAUGCCACGUGUCGCCUGGCACAGGAAGUAGCAGAAAACCUUCAUGAACGAAACAGGCAACAGAGAACAGGGGGGAACCCUGCAAAGAUCAACAUGACACUACGGGCGUCUCUGCAGAAGCUCAAACAGAAUAUUUCCCAGCUCAAAGAGGGUUUGUUGCGAGCAUCAUCAGCUCGUCGCUUAAUGCAGCCAGAAGCUGAUAGGAGGCAGAACCUUAUUGAUGACCUGCUAACCAGAGAGAAGCAGCUCAAUGCCACUUUCAGAGGAGACGUCACAGAGCCUGAAUCUUCAAGGUCGACGUUGAUGGGCAUGGGGUCAGGAACGAGUGGAGGUGGUGCGGCCAACCCCUGGCUGAUCAACGAGUCAGAGGACACCAGAGGGCUGACCUUUGGCGAAAUCAAACAGCAGCAACAACGAGUCAUUGAAGUCCAGGAUGCAGGCUUGGAUGCACUCGCAGCUGUCAUCAGCCGGCAUAAGAUAAUGGGCCAGGACAUCGGCAAUGAGCUGGAUGAACAGAAUGGAGAGCUUUCGUGGGGAGAUUGUCCAGUGGAAGCACAUUAGCCGUAUGUGUUGGUGGUAUUGGUGGUUGGGAACCUCUGCAAUUUCAGCUGCCAGUUCCUUUGGCUCUGGGCAAAGGAUUCCCUGCCAUUAAAUGGUACCUCAGACUGACUCAGGCUUGGCCCGGCAGGUUCCUGUUGGCGAAGGCGAGUGACAGAGGGAACAAAUCUCCUCCUCUGUUUAUUUAAUUGCUAACCGCUCCGGUUUGGAGGCCACGUUCAAAGGGCCGCCGAGCGGAGGGCUGCCUCGCGUUCCCGCAGCCCCGGGGUAGCAUGGAUCAUCCCACAUAAUGAGUGGAAGGACUUACUUUACCCAGUCUGCCUCAACCCAAAACCAGCACGUGGUUCCCAUUUAAGCACAAGGGGGAAGAUUGCACCUUCAUUUGCUGGGCAUUUUUAUGUGUUUAUGUGUGUGUACUAGUGCACAUAUAUACAUCUGUUCUUGAGCACUAAUAGUGUAUAUGUGUGUUUGAGAGUGUAAGUGCCUUGUCUGAGUGUGACAUCAUAGUGUUUGUUCUGAGAGUCUACACCACAUGUCCAGCACAUGUUGUCAGGUUGUGACUGGCACACAGGCCAUAUUUAUAUCUGCAUGAGGGGCUCAGAGGCCACUGGCCAGCCUCAAAUGGGACGGAGUUCCAGGUAGAAGUCAGUGCAGGACCUCACACACACACACACACACACACACACACACACACACACACACACACACACACACACACACACACACACACACACACACACACACACACACACACACACACACACACACACACACACACAGUGCAGUAGAGAGCAGGGUGGGCUAAUCUUACGGAUGCCCUGUGCAAGACGGUGAAUCCAGGGAGUGAGGGGGCGAAUAGGAAGGAGGGUGAUGGAGAAAAACAAAAAUAUAGAGACUUGGAAGGGCUCGGGGCAUUAUUAAAAGCAUUUUGAAAAAGGGUGAGCUAGGAUAUAAAGAGAUUAUGUCAUUCUCAAGGAACAUAAAGUUUUAUCGAUAUUGCAAAGAAAAUAAUGAAAGAAAGCAAUACCAUUUAGAGAUUUUUAGGAGGAGGAUUUUUAAAGAAGGUGGAAUUAUAAUAACAUUUUCCAUAGAGCCCCUUUCAAAACUCCAGUAACACUUUACAUGUAAAAAGUGGGAGGAUAAAUUCUCCACUCAACAGCUUGUGCUUUUUGGGUUUACCAACAUACAUUCUUUUGCUUAUGUUUUUUUCCCCACAAUAAACCUAUACAGUUUUUAAGAUGUUUGCAAAAA